CUUUCCAGUCUUGGCACUUCUCCAGGUUGAACAAUAGCCCUGGGGUUGUCUGUUUUCUAGCCAAAGGGGACAAUGAGAGUCAAUAUGAGCAAAGUUACUCCUGCAGAUCAAGGACAAUUACUGUAAUAAGAAGAGGACGUUUUCAUGGAACUCCCCUUUCAGGGAACAAAAAGCCACAAGGCCGUGUGUGCCACAGCUUUCUCUGGAAACUCCAGCUGCUCCCUGUGCCCAGCCAACCUUUCUCUCUGCACCCAAGCAGGGCUUGCAUGGCUGUGGAGCUGUGCCCAAGGCUCACACCAGCACCACACUGGGAAGUUCUUUGUUCCCUCUGGGGUUUCUGAAACCAGUCCCUUUCAAGGGCUGGAAAAGGCACAGACCCUAAUGUGCUUAUCUGUGUUCACACCACUGCACCUGCCUUGCUGGCAAAAGAGCUGGGACAGAGACCUUCUGGGUGUCCUAGUCUCCUAAUCACCCCAACCCAUGGGGUUCUAAUGGAAUGAUGGACCUGAGCUGGGAUUUGCUGAACCUAGUCAGGGUCUGUCUUCCUAGUCUGGCAUUUUAAAAGGUGGUUGGUAGUGGUCCAUGACUUUUUUCUCUCCUUCCUCCAGAGUGCACAACUUCAGAUGGCAACCGAGGGGCUGCGGGAAAACGAGACCUUGGCAUCGCUGAAGAACGAGGCUGAGACCCUGAAGGCCAAGCUGGAGGAGGAGCGGGCCAAGCUGCACGACGUGGAGCUUCAUCAGGUGGCAGAGCGUGUGGAGGCACUGGGCCAGUUUGUGAUGAAGACCAGGAGAACCCUGAAGGGCCAUGGAAAUAAAGUUCUCUGUAUGGACUGGUGCAAAGACAAGAGAAGAGUUGUGAGCUCUUCCCAGGAUGGGAAGGUGAUCGUGUGGGAUUCCUUCACCACCAACAAGGAACAUGCAGUGACGAUGCCCUGUACCUGGGUGAUGGCGUGUGCGUAUGCUCCCUCUGGAUGUGCCAUUGCUUGUGGAGGCCUGGACAACAAGUGCUCUGUGUACCCUCUGACAUUUGACAAAAAUGAAAAUAUGGCUGCAAAGAAGAAAUCGGUUGCAAUGCACACAAACUACCUGUCUGCCUGCAGCUUCACUAACUCAGACAUGCAGAUCCUGACAGCAAGUGGAGAUGGAACGUGUGCUCUCUGGGAUGUUGAGAGUGGGCAGCUUCUACAGAGUUUCCAUGGUCAUGGAGCUGAUGUCCUCUGCCUGGAUCUGGCUCCUUCUGAAACGGGAAAUACAUUUGUCUCUGGGGGAUGUGACAAGAAAGCCAUGAUUUGGGACAUGCGAUCCGGUCAGUGCGUCCAGUCAUUUGAAACCCACGAUUCAGAUAUCAACAGUGUCAGAUAUUACCCAAGUGGAGAUGCUUUUGCCUCUGGUUCAGACGAUGCCACGUGUCGUUUAUAUGACCUUCGUGCAGACAGAGAAGUAGCAAUUUAUUCCAAAGAGAGCAUCAUUUUUGGAGCAUCCAGCGUGGACUUCUCUCUCAGUGGUCGCCUCCUGUUUGCAGGCUAUAAUGAUUACACCAUAAAUGUCUGGGACGUGCUGAAAGGGUCCCGUGUAUCCAUUCUGUUUGGACAUGAAAAUCGUGUCAGCACCUUGAGGGUCUCUCCUGACGGGACAGCAUUCUGCUCGGGCUCCUGGGACCACACUCUCCGAAUUUGGGCUUAACCUGAGAUCCUGUAUGCAGACUCAAAUGAAGAUAUCCUGGACUAAAAAAACUGCAUUAAAAAGCUACCCCUCAAAAUGAAGUAUUUUGUGCGGUACAAAACAUUGACACUGAGCCCACCCAGAUUAAGACAGCUAGGUAGAAAAUGUAAUCUGCUUGAACACAUAGCAAACAUCAACUUGUCUUAAAAUGAAAUGUUUUAAAUUCUGUUUUGAACCUAUCUUCUUUUACUAGAACUAGUUUAGAUAAUUAUAAAAGGACUUUUCUCAGAAGUCACCUGCAUCAUAAAAUUAUUUCAGUGCACAUUAUGUACUUAUUUGCAUGAAUUGAGUUUCUUUUUAAAGUAAAAAAGAAAAAAGGAGAAAAAAUAUUCCUGAUUUUAUCAGGAUGUAGCAUAAGACUUUGGAAACAUUCCAUAGUAGUGCAUGGAAUUUUGGUGUUGAAAAGCAGAAAGAAAACCAAUUCUGAUACUUUAUGAUGGCGUUAUGGAUGACUGAACCUUGGUAACAAGUAGAGGAGCAAAGGACCUACUGUGAAGGUACAGGCUGUUGUGAUAAAAAUGUAUUUUUUGUACAAAAAAGGAAUCCUUUCAAUCCCUGUUUUUUUCCUACUGUCUUUUUAGAUAGAAAUAAGUAUUUCAUCUCUGUUACCUGAGUAUGAAGAAUCUAAAUAUAUACAAAAUUAUAAACUGCAAAGAUGAGGGAUAUAAACAUGAUUUACAUAAUCAUGAGGUAAUACUUAACCAGUAGUUUCUUAGAAAUUUUUAAUUGUAUCACUUGGUGAGUGAAUUUUCUUUUACUUAAAGGAAUACUACAUGCUAAGCACUAAGGGAUACUCUAAGCACUAAGCACUGUUAUACUGAUGGUCAAGUCUUUUCCAAGUCAGUCAUAGUCAUAUUAUGGUCAUGAUUCUUACUUGCAUUUUGAGCAGUUCAUGCCACUUGUGUCAGGGCAAUGCAGUUUAAAGGUGUGUAAAGCAGUACGUGCCCAUUUUCAGGUCCUUCUGCAGUGUCAGAGCAGUGUACGUUCAUGCAAAUGUGGGUCAAACCUUUCAAGCCAAAUUGUCCAGUCCUUACUCAGCCAGUGAUCUGCCACUGGCAUGGACACAGUUUUGUUGUAAUUGUACUUGAGAAUGAACAACAAAUGAGUGAGAUGUUGAAAACCUGCUGCAAACCCCAGUCCUGCCAGCAUUUGUUUCCGUGCUCAGCAGAUCCUGUGAGCCCAUCUGAUCCAGCAGCUGGUGGGCUUCAGGGAAGCAGUACAGCCCCCCAUGCAGCUGGCAGCCCCCAGCCCCCUCUGAGAGCAUCAGAUUGUAAUGCAAACUGCAGAGCUGAUACUGUAGAAUCAAGAUUUAAUCAGAUAAAGCUGAGAGAUAGUUAAUUAUGAAACUAUUGGGAAAAUAUAUCUCUAUUUAUACAUGGAAAAAAAGGAGACUAGAGAGUGUGACCUCUGCUCAUGCUGCUGGGUAGUAACUAUAACAGGAGCAGAGGCACACAGGGAGCAAAGUGCUGGAGUAAUGCUGAGAGCUUGCACUUGUCUGGCCUUUGAAAUGCAAGUGGUGAAAUACAUCUCUGAGAAGAUUAAAUAUAUGAUUUGUAUUUCAAUUGAAGCAGGAGAAAACAAGGAUCACAGGCUUGCUGAUUGCUGGAGCUGACUAUUCACCCAAGUUUGAUGAUAACCUCAUUCUAUUUUAAAGUAGGGGCUUUUUGCAGUUCUAUAAAAACUAUAUUAGAAACAAAGUCUCCUCAUUCAUGAAAACAUUAGGUUCCAUGAAUUCAUAACCAGUUAAUCUAGGACACUGACAUUUGUGUCAGCCUCCAAUUCCUAAUGAAAUCGUUCAGCUGUUUUCACUUGGAAAAGUCAACUCUGAUGCUUUGCAAUAUUUGUGGCAAACCGUCCCUGUAACGAACUGAAUGCACUAUGGAAAUGUCAUAUAGAGCUCACUGUGCAAUACUGAGUCAAUACACUGUACACAUUUGAUCAAAAGAUUAAUAUUAAUGUUUAGAUAGUAUUUAUUGGUAAGAUGUUUGUUUCAAACAUACUACAUUGUGUUGAUAUUUAUGAAUGGCCUAAAUACAAUAAAUUGUAUUUUACAUAUUGAGAACAUGUA